UUCAGAUGUCCGAUUGUCUUUGAAUGCAGCACCAGCAGUAGUUUAUUAUAGCAGGACUGGCAGCUUGGGGCAGCUCAGAUGAAGACUGAAUAGGGAUGGAUGUUGUUCUGAUCCUUUUCAUGUGCGCUGGAGAGGAAAGCAUCUGAUGUUUGUCCAGGGACAUGGACGUACUGUAGUCACGCUGUCAGCAAAAAGAUCUUUCAAUCUGAGACAAAAAGACAAAGCCUUCGACAAAGACAUUUUGAGAAGUUUUCCAGAAGUUUCCUGAAUCCGUAGAAAAGGUUAGGAAAAGUUGUGUGGGAAAUUUUCGGAGAUGUCGGAACCAGUGGAGAAAAGCGAAAACAUUCCUGACGCGUCUGCAGGAAAAGGAGUUCCAAACGGAGGAAACUCUGACAAAACCCAAGAGGAUUUUGACCUGGCUACCAUCUAUGUGUCAGACGCCCAGUACAACAGAAACAUCUACUUUGACACAUCCCCUCAGGCUGUCAGACUCUAUCUCCUCUACAACCACUGGGUCUUCAAAGUCCUCCUGUACUUCUUCAUCCUGGUCAAUCUAUCCCUAGCCGUCUUCGAGGAGCCGGCUUUGGUCUCUCUGCCCACAUGGGCCACCAUGCUGGUGGAGCUGCUCUGCCUGCUCGUCUUCUCUGUUCGACUAGCCCACUACGCCAAGGUGAUUCCUCGGGACAAGUUCUGGAAGGACCCCAAAAACAUCUGCAUCAUCGUUGUCCUCUUGCUCACUUUAAUUGACAUGAUCAUCUACGGAGGGCUGAAAGCUGCUAACUGUUACAGUGUUCGCUGGUCUCGAGUGCUGCGGCCGCUACUGCUGAUCAACGUCACAGAGGGAAGGCAGCUCCGCAGAGCGUUCAGGAGCAUCCGGAAUGCUCUUCCUGAGAUCUCCUACGUCUUCGUGCUCUUCAUAUUCAGUGUCCUCAUCUUCUCCCUCAUGGCCCUGAAGCUGCUGAGCAAACGAGACCUGAAGACCAUAGAAGGAUCUCCCUACUUCACCAACUACCUGGAGAUAGUGUUUGAGCUGUAUGUCCUUGUCACCACAGCCAACAGCCCUGACGUCAUGAUGCCUGCAUACAACAAAAGCUCUGUUUUUGCCAUAUUCUUCAUCUUGUACAUCCUCAUCAACACAUACAUCUUCAUGUCUGUGUUUCUGGCUGUUGUGUUCAACAACUACAAAAAAUACCUUAAGGAGGAGAUACAGCAGCUGGUGAGGGCCAAGCGGCACAAAAUGGCGCGGGCCUUUGGCGUCCUGCAGGAGCAGAAAGAAGGAGGGCAGCCUGUGGUGAGCUAUGAAAACUGGAACAAGCUGGUCCGUCAGGUCAGACCCGACAUCAGUAAUGCCCACAAAGAGCUUCUGUGGAGAGUCUGUGAUGACGACAACCAAGGCUUCAUUGGCAAAGUUGCUUUUGUCCAGCUGGCUGACCUCCUGAAUAUCGAGGUGAUCACGCUCAAGUCGAGGCCACACCCCCUUGAGAGUUUAAUCCCCAACCUUUACCAGUCGGGGCCCAGCCGCUUGCUCUGCAGAGUGGUCCAACACCGGGGCUUUGUUAUCGCUUUUGACCUGAUCAUCCUGGUGAAUGCUGUGUUUAUUGGUCUGGAUGAGGAGAAUCCACUGAUCUCCAACUCGGAGUGGUUUUUUCUGGCAAUCUACGUUCUGGAGAUCCUGUUAAAGCUCUACGUGUUUGAGCCCAGGGCCUUCUUCUCCAAACACAGCUUCUGGAACUGGUUUGACACCAUUGUUGUCUUCGCUGCUCUUAUCGCCACUAUUAUCAACUCCGCCCUAAAGUCAUCGGGCGGAUAUACCAGCCGGCAGGUUCUGGACAUUGUCUUCAUCCUGCGAGUCCUCAGAUUGAUCCGGGUGGUGGACCGCAUAGAAAGGUUUCGUGCAAUCAUCAAUACACUGAUCAGAAUUGGACCUGCAAUUCUCACAUUUGGACAGCUCAUUCUUGUGGUGUAUUACAUCUUUGCCAUGGUGGGAAUGGAGCUGUUCAAAAACAAAUUGAAGUUCUAUGAAGACCUCAGCAACCCAAAGAGCACAUACUGUGGGAACCCUUUGCUGAAAGGCUCCACAUUCGCACAACUCGGCUACUGCAAAAACAACUUUAAUAACGUGGUGUCCUCCUUCAUCCUGCUAUUGGAGCUCACUGUGGUCAACCAAUGGCACGUGCUCGGCACCGGAUUUGCCACCGUCACUCAUAAAUCAGCCCUGAUCUUCUUCGUCCUCUUCCACGUCAUGGUCGUGAUCAUCAUCAUCAAUAUCUUCGUGGCGUUCGUCCUCGAGGCGUUCUUUGUGGAGUACUCUGUGGGUAAAGGUGAUCUGCAAACAUCUCUGGAGAGGAAGAUUGAGGAACUUGAGCUUGCCGUGGCACAGGAGAAGCUGGAGGACAAUUUGGUCAAUGCCAUGGAAACCAUUGACAACAACUUAGGAACUGGGCAGUCACCCACAGCCAACCUGCCUACACUAUUAUUUAAAGUUUCUUCAAAAAGAUACCGGACAGUGGACGCUUUAUUGCAGCGGAUGUUUGAGGCGGAUCUCGACCCAGAGGAUUUCGCUGAAAAUGACAUUCCUGAAGACCAGACUGGGAACUUUGCAAACCCAACAUUUGCCACAGCAUAGAAAGCACAGCGUUAAAGGGAAACUGUAUCAUUAGAUAUAGUUCUACAUGUUGAAAUGUGAUACUUAUCCAGUGCAAUGUAUCAACUGUUUAAUCGUGUCAUGAUCUGAGUUGAUGUUUUAUUUUUAUACUUGCAUCUAAGAGCAAAGUGUAGAUGCAAACCAAAUGUGCAUUUUCACAAAAAAGAAUAUUUGCAUUACUGUCUUGUGUGUUGAAUUAUUAAUUAAAAACCCUAAACAUUAGAAAUAGUUUCAGAUGAAACAAGCAAACUUCUUGUAUUGUAUUUGCAGUGAAAAAGCAAAUGGCAUGCUGUAUGUAUACUCUAUACCAACAGGUUUUUAUUAGUAAAGGACAGUAUCAUUAAACUCUUUAAGAAAACAUAUUAAUUAUUAUUACACACAGAA